AUGUCCGACUCUCCCAAAUUGAACUUGCCAGUAUUCGAAAUAUUCAAAGAUAAGAGAAUCGUCUUAGCUUCUUCCAGUCCAAGGAGGAAGGCGAUCCUGGCUCGUGUGGGGUUCCACCCUGACAUUGUCCCUUCGACCUUCAAAGAAGACCUCUCACAUGAGUUAUUCAACUAUGAUUUGACUAAAUAUCCAAUUGCUACAUGUACUGAGAAGGCGAAAGAAGUCUUUCUGAGAUUGACUCAUGAUGAAAAUGAAAAGCAAUUUAAGAAACCAGACUUGGUUAUUUCAGCCGACACAGUAGUCAUUUUCCCACCAUCUUCUGAAUCCCAUCAAGGACAUGUUGGCAGGAUCUUGGAAAAACCAGGUACGAAGGAAGAGCAGUUGAAGAUCUUGAAUGAAAUGAAUGGGAAACAGUGUGAGAUAGUCACUGGAAUUUCCAUUUUGGUUCCGGCGAAAAAUCUUCAAGGAGUAUACAAGAUCCAUUCAACUUCAGCUAGUACCCUUGUACAGUUCGCUAACAACUCUAAGGACUUCAUCCAAGCUUAUGUCGAUUCCGAAGAAGGGUUAGAUCGAUCAGGUGGAUUUGCUACUCAAGAUAUGGGUGGAGUAUUGGUGGAAUCCAUUCAUGGGGAUUAUGAUAAUGUUGCUGGCUUCCCCUCUUCUCACUUCUGGAGAUGGAUCCAUCAGCUAUACGAUCAAGCGAUCUUCGAUAAAGCUUGGAACUGA